CUCCCCACUCAUUCGUCCCUGUGCCGGCUAGGGAGACACAUACUGCCUGCCUGCUGCCUGCAGCAUUUGUGCCUGAGCUCCAGGCUCUGCUGUCCCCUCAGCUCCCUCCCCCCACAUGCAGCUCUCCAUCAGAGGGAACGAUGACAUCCUCUCUCCCCUGACUGCCUCCGACUGCUCCACAGCUCUGCGGGUGCAGACGCUCGCUCUCUCUGAGUGAGUUUUUCCCUCCCCUCUGCCUGGUCUAGCUCUCAGGCUGUGGGAUUCAGUGGAUAAUCAGUGUGUCGGCGAGUGAGGGACUGAAGCAAAGAGAGAGAGAGAAAGCCUGGAUCAGGUGCAGCAGCCUUGACUUCGUCUGUCUCUUUCUGUCUGUUUUCUGCCUGGCACAUACAGAAGUGUAGACAGAACUCAUAAUUCAGCAAUUAGCCUUCCUUCACCCUCUUUCUCCUCCUCUGGGACUCAUCGCAAAGAAGGAGAGGAGAGGAGGGAGACACUCUUUGCAGAGUGACAAGUAUUGUUUUUUUUUAUUUGCUUGCUCUGCGUCCUACUUUGCCCUACCCCUUCCCUCUAUCCCACCCGCACCCCUGCUUGCUCCAGCCAACACACACCCGCACACCCAGAGUGCGUGUCCAGUGGCAGACAGACAGAUAAACAGACGGACGGACAGAUAAACAGACGGACGCAGUAGGAUAUGGAGUCCAAAGGAAGCGGCAGGUUCUCUAUGUCCAGGUGUUUGAGCUCAGGAGACACCGUCCACGCCAGUGUUGUCGUCACACUUCUGCUCGGGGUAUGGUGUGCUUCAGCGCUGGAGGUUUCAGUGGGGAAGGUGCCCUUCAUGGAGGCAAUGAACGGCAGCACGGUGCUGUUACCAUGCACCUACUCCAGCUGCAUCGGCAUCAAGAACCUCUACUUCAACUGGCAAUACAACGACAACGGCACCUUCAUGAAGCUGUGUGAGGCAGUGAUCCCCAUAGAAGGUGUGGAACCCCGGGUGCAGGUGUACCACGAGCGGAUAGAGUUUGUGGGCAGCAGUAAGCACAACAACAUCUCCAUCCUGCUGUUCAAUGUGACCUUCGAGGAUGAGGGAGAGUACACCUGUUUCGCCCGGAAUCCCAAGGAGAAGCAUCGCAACCAUAGCGCCAUCUUCACCCUGUUCGUGGUGGAUGAGUUGAAAGUGGUUGACAAUACCGUAACCACCAUCAUCGUGUCUGUCGUGGGCGGGGUCAUUGGCUUGAUCGUCGUUGUCAUGGUGACAAAGACUCUGGUGCUCCUCAUCCUAAAAAAGUCUGCAGAGAAGAACGCUGGGAUUCGAACCGACAGCUCUUCGGCUACCACCUCCCCCCUUUGAAACUGUCAUGGAACAUUGUAAAGAGUGCCUUGUGAGCUCAGGACAGGACAACACAGACAAUGAACUCAACGCAGCCAAAGCGGACAACAAAGCCACACCGAAGGCAUGAAACAUAUACACCUGUGUAUAUGUACAUACAGUAUAUGUCUGUACAUGUACACACGCAAAUAUAUUGCACAGACAUAGAAAGAAAGCUAUUAUCAAUGGACUGUUUUAUCUUUAUCUAAUGACACAAGUAUAACAUGAACCAAUGUGAAAUCAUAUGUCAUAUGUCAUAUGUGCUUGAGAUUUGGGGAACAUGAUAGGUGAUCAGGGCUGGAUCAGACACACUCCAAUGACACACCUUAUGUAUUGUGUAUUCAGAUUGGGGUUUAAUUGCAGCAUUUAUCUGAAUCAGCUCAAAGUCUAUUUACUGUACAAGCAUUUCUGGAAUCAACAUCGACGUUUCACCAGUUACUCAUUCAUGUUCACGGCGUAAAAACGGCAGAUUGACGUUUAUUGGGAUGAAUCUUGUCAUGGGAGCAGAGCUGAUCAUUUUCCGCUAGAUUCAAGGUUAGGAUUUAUAUAUAAGGUUAACAGUGUAAUUACGGUCAGGGUUAAGGUCAGGUUUAAACCAGAGGAGGCUGGUGGGAGGAGCUAUAGGAGGACCUGCUCAUUGUAAUGGCUGGA